AUGUUCCUAUUUAAUCUCACUUGUUAUAAAAUACUAAAUCAAAGGUCACUUUUACUUGUUUCCAAACUUUCAAUACGUAACAAUCGGAAAUUAUUUUCAACCACGGAAAUAACAAUGAACCGACCGAAAGUUCUAAUUACUCGUCCAGAUAUUCCAACUACGGGAUUAAAUUUACUUAAAGAACAAUGUGAUGUCAUUCUAUGGGAAAAGCCUGAACCAAUCCCUAGAGCUGUAUUAUUAUCAAAAGUAAAAUAUGUAAAUGGGAUUUAUUGUUUAUUAACAGAUAAAAUAGAUGAAGAAAUUUUAAAUGCUGCAGGAUCAAAAUUAAAAGUUGUGGCUUCUAUGUCAGUUGGUGUCGAUCACUUAGACUUGCAAGCUUUAAAAAAGAGAAAUAUUAAAGUUGGAUAUACUCCAGGCAUUCUAACAGAUGCCACAGCUGAAUUAACUGUAGCAUUAUUAUUAGCUACAUCUAGAAAACUGAUAGAAGCAAACAGGGCAAUUUAUAAGGGUGAAUGGAAAGCAUGGUCACCUAGUUGGAUGUGUGGAUCUGGACUAUCUGGAUCAACAGUUGGAAUAGUAGGAUUAGGUCGUAUUGGUACACAAGUAGCAAAAUGUCUUAAAGGCUUUAACAUUGCUAAAAUAUUGUAUACAAGUAGAAACAUUAAACAAGAAGCAUCUAAAUUUGAUGGAGAAAAAGUUGAACUUGAUACAUUGUUACAAAAAAGUGAUUUUGUAAUUGUUACAACAGCUUUAACUCCAGAAACAAGACAAAUGUUUAACCAAAAUACAUUUAAAAAGAUGAAAAAAUCUGCUAUAUUUAUCAAUGUUAGUAGAGGAGAAGUUGUUGAUCAAUUUGCAUUAAUAGAAGCUCUGAAAGAAGGAAUAAUCAGAGGUGCUGGCUUAGAUGUUAUGACACCCGAGCCUAUCCCAUUAGAUAGUGAGCUACUAAAAUUAGACAAUUGUGUUAUAUUACCUCAUAUUGGUAGUGCUGCUAUAGAGACACGAGAGAAAAUGUCAGUAAUUACAGCUGAAAACAUUUUAGCAGUUUUAACAGCAAAUCCACCAGUAAUGCCUGCUGAAAAUUAA